GAGCAAUAAAUAUUUCAAUAUUUAUGUUAACAAUUUAUGGGAAUGAGCCUUCGAGAAUUUACGGUGGUGAAAAUUCCAAAGUGGGAGAACACAAUUUCUUUGUUUCUUUGACUGAAGACGAGAGAACUUUCUGUGGUGCUGCGAUAAUUGAUGAUAGGCAUGUCAUAACAGCAGCUCACUGUGUUGCAAACUUUACUGACAUAGAUGUAAAUAAUACGGCAAUAAGUAUUAACAUAACGGAUUUGCAAAUUGGAGGUCAAAAUUACAGCAUAAAAAAAAUUUUCAUUCACCGAAACUAUAACGAAACAGACCCCGCUUCACACAAUGAUGUCACAAUAUGUCGGACGAACGAGACAAUGCAAUUGGGCGCUAACCAGCAAAAGUCUGUUUUUGCUCUUCCAAUUGCUCUUGCAUCAGGACCGACCGAAAGCGGUAAAAAUGUCACUGUCGUUGGUUCUGGAAUCACUGAAUCUUAUCCGAAAUACCUCAGUGAGACCUUGAAGAAGCUUUCUGUGAAGACACUGGCAAUCUCAGAAUGUCAGAAGUAUUUUGAAGACAAACUUUGGGACGGUCAAAUUUGCACAAUUUCACCAAUAGGAAAAGGUACUUGCCUUGGCGACAGUGGCGGUCCAGUGGUCAACAGUGAAGGAGAAUUGGUUGGAAUUAUUUCAUGGGGAAUGCCGUGUGCUAUAGAUUAUCCAGAUGUUCACACCAAUGUCUCUUAUUUCAUUGACUGGAUUACAGACAUCAUAAAUUACUAUUAA